AUGGCUUCAUCAAAAGAGUUUUCUCGCAGGCGACGAGACGGAAUGACAAACACGAAAAAGAGACGACCAAUGAUACGCGAGUAUAUACGGUAUCUAUCUAUCUAUCUAUCUAUCUAUCUAUCUAUAACUUCUGUUCUUUUUCUUUCUUUCCUUCUUUCUUUCUUUCUUUCUUUCUUUCUUUCUAUCUAUCUAUUUAUGUAUGUAUCUAUCUAUCUGAUUCAGUUCAUUAUCUAUCUAUCUAUCUAUCUAUCUCUCUCUCUCUCUCUCUCUCUCUCUCUCUAUAUAUAUAUAUAUAUAUAUAUAUAUAUAUAUAUAUAUAUAAUAGUCUGUUCCUUUUCUUUCUUUCUUUCUUUCUAUAUAUCUAUCUACAACAGUCUGUUCUUUUUCUUUCUUUCUUUCUUUCUUUCUUUCUUUCUUUCUUUCUUUCUUGUUAAGUUUAUUAUCUAUCUAUCUAUCUAUCUAUCUAUCUAUCUAUCUAUCUAUGUUCGUUAUCUAUCUACCGAGGGUACUUUUCUUCCUAUUUGUUCAUUUUGGUGGACAUUCGAAGAUAAUAUUUUUGUCUUGUAA